AUGACGAAUGUCCAAUUUCCCGCCAGCGACAUAUACUGGCGUGUGUAUGCCGUACGCGAAAAGCAGCUGAUCUCGAUGUCGCUAGUCAUUGAACAGCAGCGAGUGCAGGAGUCAUUUGAGCGCCAUCCGCCAUCUGGGCCCGCUAUCAGAAGGCCAGCGAGUGACGAGACGAAAUUGGGCCUGCAAACCCAGACUCUGGAUGGAUACAUUGUUGGUUUUUUUUGCAGUGCUGCUCGAUUGGUGGAACGCUCGAAGGGAUUGUCUCUCGUGAUGCAGGAACAUUUUACAAAAAUCCCCACAAAAUGGCAGCAAUUAUCCGUCCGGGUCAUAGAGAAUGCUCGAAAAGAUGUUCCUCCAUACAGCAACAUUUUGACAAUUGCUCGCUACUCUGCUCAUUGGCAUUCAGUUCGAUGACAUGACGCACAAAUGAUUUUUACACUCGCUGACGUUCAGUAUCGAGCGAAUCGGGGAUUAGAUGCUUUUCAAGUACGCCACACACACACACACACACACACACGCUCGCCACUUUGUGUCUCGCCUGGCGCGAAAGCGGACAUUCGUCGUGCGCAGAUCAUUGCUAGGAAAUCGACGACACAACGUACUCAAUGCAGCGGACAUUGGGCUUAAAAUUAAAUUUUAACUCCGUUGCUCACUGGUCUGGCUGAUAAGCAUUCAGCUCCAUGCUGCACAAAUGAUUUUUACUAAAUAAAACAAUGACC